UAGCACGAAGUCGCGACCCCAACGCCUCCACCUCUCUCGCGCUCCCUCCCUUUCGUCCAAAAGUGACGACAGUCUCUCUCUCUCUCUCUCUCUCUCUCUCUCCCUCCAUCUCCUCUCUCUGUAAUAUUUGUAUAUAUCUCUCUCUCUCCCAACACGCCAUGACCGAACUCGUCUCCUCCGCCUGAUCGAAAGAAAUCAACUCUAUCGGGAUUCGUGUUCGGCAAUCAGAUCAUCAGUUUUCACAAGAUUCUAUCUUUUAUAAAACCCAGGAAAACAAAACCCACAUACUACUAUUCCCAUGUUGUUCAUUGAGGUUCUCUCUCUCUCUCUCGAUUUCCCCGUUUCUCUGCAAUUCUCUGAUUCAAACGCUGCGUUUUUGUGUAGGAUCUCUGGCCCUUGCUCUGCCCUCCAGGUUUCCUGGAAAAGUCUCGGCUUUUCAAAGUCCAUGUCCAACACGAGCUGCGAGAGCGCGGAGCUCGAGGCCUGCCGCGACGAGUCGGCGGCGCUCGUCCUCAAGCUAAUCGCUGUCGCCUCGAUUCUCGUCGCAGGAGUCGUCGGAGUCGCAAUUCCCCUAGUCGGUAGGAACCGCAGCUUUCUUCGCACCGACGGCAGCCUCUUCGUCUCCGCCAAGGCCUUCGCCGCCGGCGUAAUUCUUGCCACCGGGUUCGUCCACAUGCUUUCGGGCGGGUCAGACGCCCUGAACAACCCCUGCCUACCCGAAUUCCCCUGGACCAAGUUCCCCUUCUCCGGUUUUUUCGCCAUGAUGGCCUCGCUUGCCACGUUGCUCGUUGACUUUGUUGGGACCCAGUAUUACGAGAGGAAACAGAGGAAGGCACGGCCCGCCGAGAACCAGGUACGCGUCGGGUCGGAUGACCCGGAGAUUGUGGCGCGUGUGGGUCCGGGGCAGCCGGCGAAAGAGUGGAAUGGGAUUGUGUUUGGGGAAGAGGAAGGCGGAGGGAUGCACAUUGUGGGGAUGCAUGCGCACGCGGCGCACCAUAGACACAGCCACGCGCAUGGGCAGGUAGCAUGUGAUGGGCACGUGACGAGGGAACCCGAACAGAGCCACGGGCACGAUUCGCACGGACACGGGCACGGACAUUCUCACGGGUUCGGGGAUGAUGACGAGGAUGGUGGUGUUCGGCACGUCGUCGUUUCCCAGAUUUUGGAACUUGGGAUUGUAUCACAUUCAGUGAUCAUAGGCUUAUCACUGGGAGUUUCAGAGAGCCCAUGCACCAUAAGACCCUUGGUUGCAGCAUUGUCAUUCCAUCAGUUCUUUGAAGGUUUUGCACUCGGAGGCUGCAUAUCUCAAGCACAAUUCAAGACCCUAUCAGCAACCCUAAUGGCCUGCUUUUUUGCCGUCACAACUCCGCUCGGGAUAGGCGUUGGGACUGCCAUUUCCUCAUUCUACAACCCGUACAGUCCGGGAGCUUUGGUCGCAGAAGGCAUCUUGGAUUCCAUGUCGGCCGGAAUUCUGGUGUACAUGGCCUUGGUUGACCUAAUUGCUGCUGAUUUUCUAAGUAAGAGGAUGAGAUGCGAUUUCAGGCUCCAAGUUGUAUCUUAUUGCUGUCUCUUUGUUGGAGCGGGAUUGAUGUCAUUACUUGCAAUUUGGGCUUAAUUAGUUUCUUUGUUUUUUGGUUGGUUAAUGUUUUAGUAAUCCAAGUGAAAUUUUGAAAUUCUUUCCACUUGGUUUCUGUGAUAGGGAAGAGAGGUGAGAGAUUAAGAGGGGGAUUUUCCUACAUGCUUGCAGAUUAGUUGUAGUCUUUCUAAUUGUUACGGCUCAAAUGUAAUAUAGAAUCUCCAUUACCUUUCUCAAAAAAACAAGAAAACAAAACAAAGUGUCUCUAAUGCAAUUCUUCUCCACCCUUUCAGGGCUGAGAAGAAAAUUUAUUGAGGCA